GACGCACGCUUGUUGCUGGUUGAACCGCGUGUGACUCUGUUGCUCUGCGCUAACGGACCGUGGAACUAGUGACACUUGUCAUAAAUCACAUCAUAAUGGCUUUUUUAUUGAUGUAGAAAUAAAACGUCGUCUUGGCAUGAAAUAAUUUACAUUUUCAUAACAUGGAAUAGUUUUCGAGGCCAAGGAAGUUACUUUUAUAUUGACGCAAAGACAGACAACUUGCAAUUAAAAGUGAUCGACGGGCGCUGUGUCAAUUUCAGUGUAUCUUUAUUAUAUAACGGAUCAGCAAGUCAUAAGCAAAAGUAACAGAAUACGAAUCCAUCUCGCAAUCAACUCCCAAACUUAUAUUGCGUUUGGUCCUGGAGGAUAUUUUUACUGUCGAUUCUGGAUUCCUAAUUUUUUAUGGAUGGCUAGGAUUUGUGCGGUUCUGUGCUGAUGGAAUGGUGAUUAUCUUGCUUUACGUCGACUAGGAUUAUCUCGUUAGACUAAUAAACGGAUUAACGGAUAAUAAUGGAAAUGUACAGCAGUGAUGGUGCUACGCAAUGCUGUCGUCUGGUGAAAAUAAAUCCGACAUGCGGAUUGGUCGUCAAAACGUUUUUCCUGAUUCUAAUGUCUUCACAUCAUGUUCACGCCACUUUGACGAGUGCGGUGCUUACCAUCCUCCCAAACUCGACGGUAUUGAACAACACCGAGGUCCACUUCGACUGCGACUACGAACCAACUGACGAAACCAUCAAAGCGUUAGUCUAUUUAGAGAAUAAUGCUCAAAUUUAUGCGUAUGAAAAGAGCACUUCAAAGAAUGAGUCACUUGGAGUAUUCAUGGGUAGGGCUCAACUAUUCUUACUCAGCCCUGGGAAGUUUCGGAUGACUGUAGAUCAGGUCAGCACGAAAGACCAGCUAGCUGUGCAGUGCCAGGUGUAUGGACAGUCCAUCACGAAUAGUAAGCUUUCAGCGGAAGUGAACUUACACGUAAAUGCCAUCCCGCAGAUGCUAUCCUUCACAGCCUCGCCGGUGAUGCCAACUGUCGAGAAUAGCACCGUCAACCUCACCUGCGAGGCAAACCUCGGAAGGCCGGAUGGUACGAUCAAGUGGAAAAAGGACGUGGGAGGCAAUGUCACAGACCUCACAGGCACACAAGUCAGUGAGACUGACAAUGGAGAUAACACGAAAACGAGAUCUGAGAAAUACCAGAUCACGAAUGCGAAACCGGAAGAAAAUGGCUCCAUCUACACUUGUGAGGUCAACAACACAGCAAUCACGGCUGGGCCAGUUCCGUCGGCCGAUAUCAACUUGAUUGUACAAUAUACCACCCGAAAUCUAAGCAUCUCGCACUCAGGAGACACCGUAGUGACACCCUUGGACAUCACGUGCUCAGCGAGGGGUAACCCCACCCCAGAGAUGUCUUGGGUCAAGGUCUCAGGAGAGGACCUCAAGCACACAGCUGGCGUCCUACACGUCCCUGCAUCCACGUACAACGGCACGUACGUGUACGAAUGCUUUGCCAAUAACAGUGUGUCAGGAGUUCCUACGGUUCUUCAAGAGACGAAGGAAUUUUCAGUUUUCGGAUACUGUCACAUCACCACGGAAACGCAAAAGGUUUACGUCACGGAAAACUCCACUACAAGCAUCAUGUGUAGAAUAAACGGGACUGAACGACCAACCUGGUCGAAAGAGGGCGCUACCAAGACCUUUGACUGCGAAUCUCGAGAUCCCAAGUACAGCAUAGCCUGCGUCAAGCAAAAAUAUUAUAAUUUGACUUUUACAGCAGAUUGGUCGUAUAGAGGAAGCUAUAGCUGUGAAUGCUUCUUGGAGAAGAAAAUAGUAGAAGUCGUAGUCAAUGUAUCUCCACGCAGCAUCAACACCUCGUGUAAGAUUCACGCAGGCAAAGAUACAGAGAAGAAUUGUAUAGACACACAAAUCGGUGACAACGAUGAAUUGACCAUUACAACUGAGGUCAGCUGUGCUCAUCCGGUGCCUUCUAUCACAUGGAAGAAUGGUCAAGACGCUAUCAAUAUUAGCACCUUUAACCCCGUGACCUUACAGACGGCAUGCAGUCACGGCGCCUUCAAAGGCCAGACCAGCGUAUCUCAAGUCUUCCACGCCAAAUGGAUUGAGUUGGGUCGUGCAAUGGUACUGACCCUGAACGUCACCAAUGAUGCUAUUUCUACCAAAAUACAACUUAAAAUAUCUGAAAAAACCUUGACAACCGCAAUGAUCGGUAUGAUAGCUGGUAUUGCCGUCGGUGUGAUAGUGGUCGUUGGGAUCAUAAUUACAGUGGUCAUCGUCAAAACCAAGGGCAAAUGUGUAGCGGCGACCUCAUCGAAGGACAAAAACGGAGUAAGAAGUACUCUCAUUACAGAAAAUAAGGGAUCCAGCACCUUCGAAACCUUUAAGUCCGAUCAUAAAGUCGCCAACAAUAAGAACAUGGUAGAUAUAAUCAGGAAGCCUUAUCCAGAACCUGUCUUCGAAAAAAACCCACCAUCACCAGACGAGGAGUCGGAAAAGUAUGAAAUGAGCCCGUUAACUCAUCCGGAAUGAUGCCUUCAAAAAUGAUAUCUGUAUCUUUGCGUUUGGUUCAUAUGUUCUCCUUUAAUCAGGUCUUGGUUAUUAAAGGUGACAUGCAUGAAUAAAAACCCUAACGGCCAAGUUAGAAAACACGAACACCCGACCACCAAACGACCAACUGCACUUGAAACAUGAUAGACACCCAGUGACUGGUCUCACUUGACUGUACAAACAAUGAGUUCAUUGACGAGACAGGUCACAGAGACGCUCUCCUGUAUAGCAAAAAUGAAAAAUGUUCCUCGAACGGGUUCGAAUACGGAACCCUCGCCACUUGAUCCUUACCGUCUUACCGACUAUGCCAUGAAGACGCUGUUGUAGAUGAACAUAUUUUUCAGUUUUUUGUAUUUCACGUACAAGCUUGACAGAAUGGCGUCUUUUGUGCCAUCUGUACCAUUCUCAGUUUUAAAGUGACCUUUAAAAUUGUACCCUUUUACAAUAUUGGCAAAGUGAAUUCAUAAGAUACAUAAUCAGGAGAUGAACAUGACACCCUGUGAUGAUUAUAAGAGCACGCAGCUAUUUUUCGAGUUUUAAAGAUGCAAAACAAUUUCCCGCUUUGCUAGUAUUAAAACCAUCCGUGUAUUGAAGAACUGUCUGAUGAGGUGGCAUUCGAUUUCAAACAAUGGUCGCAAUGGCCACUUAUAGUACUGAUGCUCGUACUGGGCCACAUCCAGUGCUCUGUUGGUGGAGACGGUAGCGCCACUGCGGCCUCUUGGUAGUCUAUCAUAUCUGAGAGCGAUUGAAACAUGGCUGAACGGCGGUUCAAAACAUGGCGGACGGGCGUUAGUGUUUUCUCACUAGGCCGUUAGGGUUUUAUGUGUGCAUGUCAGCUUUCAGUUUGGUCAUGGUCACUUGGUCUUAUCGUGAGCAAGUUGCCUCAGGUGUAGAGCUGUACUACAGGGGCCAGGCAUGUAUAUACGUACACGUAUAUGUAAAAAACUCACGAACAAUAACGAAGUCGGGGAAUAUAAGAAUGGAAUGAAAUUUGCCACAUGCCUCAUUAAAAUGAAACACGAAAACCGAGUUUGUUUGGGUUUCUGUGGUAGUUGGGAUGUUAUAUCCACUGGAAUAUCACGGAAACCACCACACACCGUAUUCAUGAAGUCUUUGACCGUGACCUUGAUGACAAUGACCUUGAUGUUUCUAUUCAAAGAUGACUUCGGGUAAAAACUGAAACGAUGUUAACAUUGCUUUUGUAUAGUUAUAAAUUUAUGCUUGAAGUUAUUACGAUUAUACUACUCUAGUUUCUACAUUGUCUGGUCACUCCAGAGAAAAUUCAGGUACCUCCCAGAUAUGAAUUAUUUGGUCAGUCAAUAACUACAAGUCUCAAUUGAUUGGACUGAAAAAGUUGUUCAUUUCAAACGAGGAAGUGCUAGUUAAACUGAUCAAUUCCAUCAACAUAGCGGCCUAUUACCACAGGUUAGAUCGUCAUUUUCACCUUAACCUUUUUGUGUUCAAAGGGUGUACGUUUUUCGGUAGGGUAAUUGCCACACUUUCACUGCUUCAACAAAGCUCCACAUGGCUACAGAACCAUUACCAAGAUGUCUGCGAGGCUACCAUGUUGAGGAGAAGGUACUUGGAUAUAGGUCUCCGUUAGAGGGGAGAGUUGCUACAAUAGAAGUACGCGGAUCACUACCGAAUCCCAGUCCACACAAUACGAAAAUGCAAAUAAAAGUGGUAGCUGUCAUUCGGGUCACCUGGUCCGUGGUGGGAGAUGCCUGCCUCUUCUCUCGAGUGACCAGACAAUGGAGGAAAGAGAGUGGUAUAUGAAUAUUACAUAACAUUUUCUAUAAUGGAUUGUAAAUACAUGUAUCCGAGGUAACAUAACGGUUAUAAUAAACAAGAUGCAUGUAUUAAUUGUUUUAUUUAUUGCGAUGUUUCUAAAACAAAUGUGAAUUCUGCACGUAGGAAAUAAAUGUUUGGAACUUUUAUGGUUGAAGUUAGGAACGGCGUUUGUUUCACCACUAUUAAGGGAAAAUCCUAGUAAAUAGUAAUAAUAUCUAGGAAAUUGGGCCCAUAACUUUCUACUACAUGCACAUAGUAUGAUGGACAGCCGGAUACAUUUUGUAUGUCCUAUCGUUUUGUAAGCCACCAACAGGCGGGUCGUUUUAGCUUUACAAAGUAGCUAUUCUUACGGAACCGUAACAAUAGAAUUUCAGCGAUUUUAGGGAUUAAACUGGGGAUUAGGGGACAAAGAUUAGUGUUAAGAAAGGGUUAGGGUUAGUGUUAGGAGUAUGGGUCAAGGUCAAGCUUAGGUUUGGGGUAGGAGUAAGGCUCAAAAGUGAAAAUGACCGCCGUAAGAAUAGCGAGUUGUUCGCAUGUAAAAUGCAUCAGAGACUGCUGUAAAACAGCCAAGCCUUGCUUUAAGUGCUCUUGAUAGUUUUUAUAUAUGAAGCAUUGUAUUUGUAUGUUAAAGGACUGGUGAUAUUCAAUAUUGUUACACUUCAUUUUGAUUAGGGAAUUGGUAGCUCACUGGAGGUAUUAGUAGUCUCCCCCAAGACCGCGAGGACGGAGCAAAUAUGUAGGCGAAUACCGAGGCGGCUUCCGCGGUUUUGGGCGAAAUUACAGCACCACCAGGUAAUUGAGUAUCAUCAGCUGAGAGUUGCUAAGGGUGAUAGGCUGGUUGCUAUGGUCGCAUGAGAGAUUGGUGUAUGCUAUGUGGGUUGCUAUGAUCGCAUGCUUGUAGCGAUGGCCACUCACGGGAUGCCAUAGAUGACAGUCGGGGAUGGCAGGUGGGAAACGGAUUGCCCCCACCUGGUUUGCUAUGGCCGUACGCGGGGUUGCUAUGGCCGCACGCGGGGUUGCUAUGGCCGCAGGCGGGGUUGCUAUCACGCGGUUUGUUAUGGCCUCAGUCACGCGGGGUUGCUAUGGCCGCAGGCGGGGUUGCUAUCACGCGGUUUGCUAUGGCCUCAGUCACGCGGGGUUGCUAUGGCCGCACGCGGGGUUGCUAUCACGCGGUUUGUCAUGGCCUCAGUCACGCGGGGUUGCUAUGGCCGCAGGCGGGGUUGCUAUCACGCGGUUUGCUAUGGCCUCAGUCACGCGGGGUUGCUAUGGCCGCACGCGGGGUUGCUAUCACGCGGUUUGUCAUGGCCUCAGUCACGCGGGGUUGCUAUGGCCGCACGCGGGGUUGCUAUCACGCGGUUUGUCAUGGCCUCAGUCACGCGGGGUUGCUAUGGCCGCAGGCGGGGUUGCUAUCACGCGGUUUGUUAUGGCCUCAGUCACGCGGGGUUGCUAUGGCCGCAGGCGGGGUUGCUAUCACGCGGUUUGCUAUGGCCUCAGUCACGCGCGGUUGCUAUGGCCGCACGCGGGGUUGCUAUCACGCGGUUUGUUAUGGCCUCAGUCACGCGGGGUUGCUAUGGCCGCACGCGGGGUUGCUAUGGCCGCACGCGGGGUUGCUAUCACGCGGUUUGCUAUGGCCUCAGUCACGCGGGGUUGCUAUGGCCGCAGGCGGGGUUGCUAUCACGCGGUUUGCUAUGGCCACAGUCACGCGGGGUUGCUAUGGCCGCACGCGGGGUUGCUAUCACGCGGUUUGCUAUGGCCUCAGUCACUCGGGGUUGCUAUGGCCGCACGCGGGGUUGCUAUCACGCGGUUUGUUAUGGCCUCAGUCACUCGGGGUUGCUAUGGCCGCACGCGGGGUUGCUAUCACGCGGUUUGCUAUGGCCUCAGUCACUCGGGGUUGCUAUGGCCGCAAGCGGGGUUGCCAUGGGUGAGAGGCGGUCAAAAAGACGGCCAUUUACACACAGCUAUUACCCUAUUGAGAGCUCUGGGAACUAAAUGAAAAUAAUUCAUAUUUGUAUACAGCAAGAACAACUCUGAACAAUGUUACAUGUUAGUGUUAUCAGCAGGUAUGCUGGUGUGUUGAAAUAUGUGCUAGUAUUGGUGUAUUAUGCAACAUGUUACGCAGAAGGUUGAUGCUAAGUGUAACAACGCCGUCCUACGUGCAUUUCAUGUCAAUAAAUGAUAGAUA